AAUAGCCGUGUUCAUUUUUAUUAUUAUAUCUUUUUCAUAUUUUUAAUUUUUCUCUUCCUCCUAAUGGCAUCGCCGAGUAACGGGAGCGGGAACUCGACGCACCAGUUCGUGCAGCCGCCGUGGCGCCUCGCGCUCUGGUCGCUGGCGUACGGGCUCGUGCUCGCCGUGGCGCUCGUGGGCAACCUCGUGGUCAUCUGGAUCAUCGUGGCGCACAGGAGGAUGCGCACGGUCACCAACUACUUUCUGCUCAACCUGGCCUUCUCGGACGCCGCCAUGGCCGCCUUCAACACCCUGGUGAACUUCGUGUACGCGGCGCACGGCGAGUGGUACUUCGGGGACUCCUACUGCCGCUUCCACAACUUCUUCCCCGUGGCCGCAGUGUUCGCCAGCAUCUACUCCAUGAGCGCCAUAUCCGUGGACAGGUACAUGGCGAUCAUUCACCCUCUGAAGCCCAGGCUCUCAGCAACAGCAACCAAAGUGGUCAUACUUUGCAUAUGGAUCUUGGCGGUGGUGCUGGCCUUCCCGUUGUGCUACUACUCCACCACCAAGAAGCUCUCCCAGCGGACGCUGUGCUUUGUGGCUUGGCCCAGGCGCUCCAGUGACUCUUUCACGUAUCAUGUCAUUGUGACAGUGUUGGUGUAUAUGCUGCCCCUAGUGGUGAUGGCGAUCACCUACACCAUUGUGGGGAUCAAUCUGUGGGGAGCAGAGGUUCCUGGGGACUCAUCGGGGAAUUACCAUGAGCAACUCAGGGCCAAGAGGAAGGUGGUCAAGAUGAUGAUCAUCGUAGUGCUGACUUUUGCCUUCUGCUGGCUGCCGUACCACGUUUACUUCAUCAUCACUGGCGUAGAUAAGCGACUCAGCAGGUGGAAGUACAUCCAGCAGAUCUACCUGUCCGUGAUGUGGCUCGCCAUGAGCUCCACCAUGUACAACCCCAUCAUCUACUGCUGCCUCAAUAGCAGGUUCCGGUCUGGGUUCAAGCGCGCCCUGCGCUGGUGUCCCUUCAUCAACGUGUCCAGCUACGAUGAGCUGGAGCUGCGGGCCACCCGCUCUGUACCCACCCGGCAGAGCAGCAUGUACACGGUGUCCCGUGGAGAGUGUGCCUUUGUGGGAGGGGUACCCUUCGAACCCGCAUCCCUCCACAGCACCAAGAUCUCCCUCAACUCCCUGCAGCACUGCGAAUCCACAAGGGAACUCACCUGAUGAGUCCGUAAGGCCCACGAGGACCGAGGGCUUGCCCUAACAUGGCUGAAAAGGGAGUUUCUAAUGCAUCCUUUUCAACAAAUUCAUACGUGCAUGGUCGUUCUUAACAUGCGUGCAUAUUUCGCUUUAUUGCAUCAUGAAGUUGCAUGAAGCAAAAAGUUAUUCUAGUUGAACAUGUCCAUCAAGUGUUAAUAUAUAUCUGCCGUCAUCCAAACCACUUGCCAGCUAAGAUUCACAUAACAUCAUAAUUCAUCAGGACUAUUGUGGAAUGAAAAAAGUUUCUUUGGGUGGGAUGAAAUCUUGACUAACUUGUUGGUGUUAUCAGACUGAACAGCUGUUUUUUAAACCUUCGUAGGUCAUUCCAAAGGUCUGCAUACAUAAAAAAAUAAAUUUAACCACGUUUUUUUAAACAUAAUACGAACACAUAGUUAUCACACAUAUUCGCUUUAGUAUGCAGGCAUCAAGGUGGUUUCUUAUAAACGUUUCUUUGCUCUACCUCUUCUUGUUGCCUGAAAUGUGACGUCUGCAUAGUAACGCUGGCAACUAUGAAAACUUUUUUAAAUAGCUGCCAUUGAGCAGCGUGUUUAAAUGCACAUUACUAUCACGUAACACACCUUCAGCUAUACAGUGCACUCUAGAAACAUGACUAAAUGAAUAUAAAACUGUUACUUAUUCAAGUGCUUUCCUCAGUUAGCCUCAUGCAUAGUAAGCCCUUAUGGACAAAUAGUGCAUCUCUGGUAUACGUCAAUAAAAUAAUUUAGCAUAAAUUGUUCACCUUUAAAAUGAUACUCUGCAGCAUUUUUCAAUAUGCACAAAUUUUAACUUGUUGUUAUCAAGUACAAAUGGCUAAAACACGUUGGAAGGUAUACAUAUGCUAUGGGUAUUAAUCCAUUUGUUCUCAUUGACUGCUUGUGCUGAUCAGGAUUGAAGGGGAUAUGGAGCCUAUCCCAGAAUUGAUGGGCACAAGACAAAGGGGACGGGGGGUG